CCCUUUAACUACAAAUACUAUGCAAACCUAACAUUUCUACUCACUCACAUAUACAAACGACUCAGUACUUAUAUUUCCUUUACUCCCAUCGAUCGAUCGAUCGAUCGAUCUAUCGUGAAUUCUGUUUGUGACUUCAAAACGUUCAGAUCAUAAUCUCUGUCAUUCAUAAGUAUGUCUCCAAUUGUUCUUCUCCUUCUUCUGUCUCUUUCCAUGCAUGCAUGCAACGGCCAACUUCUAGGCUUCCUUCCUAAUGAAAGUGGCCAUAGAGCCUACCAUUCUGUUGAGGAUGUUGGGAAUGUCUUAAGACGUUCUGAGACUUCAAUGUCGUCGACGAGGCCUUCCAUCUCAGUAGAGUUCCAAUCAAAAGAAGUAGAAGUGAAAGACGCUGAAACUGUACUCACCCUUGAGAGUAUUCCAAACGAUGAUGGUUCGAGGAAACGAGGACAUGUUGAUUUUGGACCAACUUCAGCAGGACAGGAUAUUUUUACAUUUUCUCAGAUUCACCAGAAGAAAUCGAUUAAAGUGAAGGGAUUGGAGAGGCAGACAAGGGCAUUACUGGGAUCUGCUACACUGCAUGAUCAGAUGGAGGAAGAUAAAGAUCCGAAAGGAAACGAAGCUACGGAGGACGUAGGUGUUAUGGAUUAUGCACAACCUCACAGGAAACCACCCAUUCACAAUGAAAAGUCGUAGACAUAUUAUAUAUAUGAUCUACUUCUCUGAUGAAUUUACGCUUUAAUUUUUACUAAUUAGCAAGCGCUUAAGAAAACCAAUAUAGUCGGGUCUUUUGCAAAACCUUGGAAAAGAAGAAAACAAAGUGUCCACUAGUGAGUAGUGACAAAAUGGUGAUUUGAUGGAUGAUGGCUCCUCUCAUUGUUUCUGUGUGUUUUUAUGUUAAUAGUUUCAUAAAUGAUUGUAAUCAAAGGUGAAACAUAUUAUAUGGA